CAGAUGGUCCUCCAGGCGGCGAGUGGAUCACAGAUGGUCCCCCAGGCGGCGAGCGGAUCACAGAUGGUCCUCCAGGCCGGCGCGCGGAUCACAGAUGGUCCUCCAGGCUAGGCGGGGGUGAGCCGAGCGCCGGUGGUCCUCCGGGGGGGGUGAGCCGAGGCUGGGCCUGAGCGAGAGAAAGAGCGCGAGGGCGGGGAGACGUGGACCGGGUUUAGGAGCCGUUGCUGUGGACGGAGAGACGGGGACGUGAGCGGCCAUUGAGGGUGGCCAGGGUGCCGGUGAGUCCCCCCCCCCUCUGCUCGGUGUGGGGGCUGAGCUUCGAGGGGCUGAGCUUAGAUGGAGGACCACAUGACGGGGCAGAACAAGGAAAAGCAUUAUGAGUGCGGCGUGUGUGGCAAGGCCUGGCAAAGGCCGAGCCAUCUGGAGAUCCACCAGCGGGUGCACACAGGAGAACGUCCCUUCGACUGCUCGGAGUGUGGCAAGAGCUUCAAGAUGGCGCAACAGCUGAAGGUGCACUGGCGGAUGCACACGGGCGAGAAGCCCUAUGUCUGCUCCACCUGCGGCAAGAACUUUGCCCAGUUGUCGGGGCUGCGGGAUCACUGGCGGGUGCACAGCAGUGAGCGGCCCUUCACCUGCUCCGACUGCGGCAAAGGCUUCAAGUCGUCGCCAGAGCUGAAGCAGCACAGGCGCCUGCACACCGGGGAGCGGCCCUACACCUGCAACGACUGCGGAAAGGGCUUCACCCAGUCUGGCAGCCUGCUGGUGCAUCAGCGCACUCACACUGGCGAGCGCCCGUUCUCCUGCACUCACUGCGGCAAGGGUUUCACCCAUUCCAGCAACCUGCUGGAGCACCAGCGGACCCACACCGGUGAGCGGCCCUACACCUGCGCCCAGUGCGGCAAAGGCUUCACCCAGUCCGGCAACCUGCUGAAGCACCAGCGCACCCACACCGGCGAGCGCCCCUACACCUGCACCCAGUGCAACAAGGGCUUCACCCACUCCGGAACCCUGCUGCAGCACCAGCGCACCCACACCGGCGAGCGUCCCUUCACCUGCGCCCAGUGCGGCAAGGGCUUCCACCGCGCCGGCACCCUGCUGGAGCACCAGCGCACCCACACCGGCGAGCGUCCAUUCACCUGCGUCCAGUGCGGCAAGGGCUUCAACCGCUCCACCUAUCUUCUGUCCCACCAGCGGGUGCACGCCGGCGACCGCCCCUUCCCCAGCCCGGUGUGUGGAGAACGCUUUGCCAUGGCCUCCCAAGCCCUGUCUCUCCAGCGCAUGCACACCAGUGGCCCGCCCUACGACUGCCCGUACUGCGGUGAGAAGUUUGACAGCUUGCGGGGGUUGCGGCAGCACCGGUGGAUCCACACAGGCGAGCAGCUGCUCCCAAUGUGACAAGAGGGCAUGGGGGCUGUGGGAGCACCAGCGGAUACACUCCAGAGAGAGACCCUUUGUGUGCGAUGAGUGUGGCAAGGGUUUCACCCGCAUGUCCAGCCUGUGGCAGCACCUGCGUACCCACAGUGGUUAGCAUCCCUUCACUUGCCCGUCCUACCUGCCACCUGUGAGUCCACACUGGCCAGCUCCCCUUCACCUGCCCGCUCUGUGGCAAGGCCUUUGCCCGCUCGUCCAGCCUGCUGGCACACCGCCACGGGGAUAGGUAAAAAUAAAAUGCUGGAAGGGUAGAUGCUCCCUGUCCCGCUGAGUUACUCCAG